UACCGAGGCAAAAAAAAAAAAAAAAAAAAAAAAAGGAAAAAAGGGGAAAUUAAAAAAAAAAAAGAAAAAAGAGAAAGGAAAAGGAUUGAGAGAAAGAAGAAUGAAUGACGGUAGAGGAGAAUAGAAAAGACCGCCAGGGUAAAGCGGCCCCCGGUCGGCGGGAAGGAGCAGCUCUGGCAUGUGGGGAUCUCCGGCACCAACAGAUAUUUUGAUGGCAUGACAAAUCAGAAAGAAGAGGAUGUACUGUAUGACUAGACACAAGAUCAGUUCUGUUUGUGGAUUACAUUUUCAGUAAGAUGUAUGGAUCUAUUUUUUCCUUGUUCUUAAAUAUAGAUCAUGAGACUUGACUGAGGCAAUAUACAUAUCAUCCAUCCAUCUAUGGCGAACUACAGCCAUGCAGCUGACAACAUUUUGCAAAAUCUCUCUCCUUUAACAGCUUUUCUGAAACUGACUUCACUGGGUUUCAUAAUAGGAGUCAGUGUGGUGGGUAACCUUCUGAUCUCCAUUUUGCUAGUCAAAGAUAAGACCUUGCAUAGAGCUCCUUACUACUUCCUGUUGGAUCUUUGCUGCUCAGAUAUCCUCAGAUCUGCAAUUUGUUUCCCUUUUGUUUUCACCUCGGUAAAAAAUGGCUCUACGUGGACGUAUGGGACUCUUACUUGCAAAGUGAUUGCCUUUCUGGGGGUUUUGUCCUGCUUUCACACUGCUUUCAUGUUAUUCUGCAUAAGCGUCACGAGAUACUUAGCUAUUGCCCACCACCGUUUUUAUACGAAAAGACUGACCUUCUGGACUUGUUUGGCUGUUAUCUGUAUGGUGUGGACUCUCUCUGUAGCCAUGGCUUUCCCCCCAGUUUUAGAUGUGGGCACCUACUCGUUCAUUAGGGAGGAAGACCAAUGCACUUUCCAGCAUCGUUCCUUCAGGGCUAAUGAUUCAUUGGGAUUUAUGCUUCUUCUUGCCCUUAUCCUCCUAGCCACACAGCUUGUCUACCUCAAGCUGAUAUUUUUUGUUCACGAUCGCAGGAAAAUGAAGCCAGUCCAGUUUGUUGCAGCAGUGAGCCAGAACUGGACUUUUCACGGUCCCGGAGCGAGUGGCCAAGCAGCUGCUAAUUGGCUGGCUGGAUUCGGAAGGGGUCCCACACCUCCAACCUUGCUGGGAAUCAGGCAAAACGCCAACACCACAGGCAGGAGGAGGCUACUGGUUUUAGAUGAAUUCAAAAUGGAGAAGAGAAUCAGCAGAAUGUUCUACAUCAUGACAUUCCUCUUUCUGACCUUGUGGGGUCCCUAUUUGGUAGCCUGUUACUGGAGAGUUUUUGCAAGAGGGCCUGUAGUACCUGGGGGAUUUCUAACGGCCGCUGUCUGGAUGAGUUUUGCCCAAGCUGGAAUCAAUCCUUUUGUCUGCAUUUUCUCCAACAGGGAGCUGAGGCGCUGUUUCAGCACAACCCUUCUUUACUGCAGAAAAUCCAGGUUACCAAGGGAACCUUACUGUGUUAUAUGAGGGAGCAUCUGUAAAUCUUUAGCCUUGUGAAACACUACCAUUCUCUGCUAAGCAAUUGUGGCCUGUAGCCAUGUCUUGAGGAGAAAAUCAAGAAUGGGACGUCAGCAGCUGUAAGGAUUUGGGCAACAUUCUGCAGUCUCUGCAAUAGCUCACCUCUAAUCCUGUUUUAAACCUAAACGUGUUCCUGCUGACCACUGCUGAAGGUUUGUAAUUAAGAACAAAGGACUGAACUACUGCCCUGAAUUCCUUUAUGUGGUUGAAAUCUAGAUUAUGAAAGUAGCAGGUGCUAAGUAUCAGUGCUAAAUGCUGUGUAUAUCACUACAUAAAAUAAGAACAUCAAAAAGAUUAGCAUUGGACAUCUUAAUAAAUUAAGUUGAUAUGAGGUUAAUGUGUUGAUAAAACUAAUUUUAGACAUCUGAAGACCUUUAAAACAUUUCAUACAAUUAUUAUUUUGCAAAGACUGAAAACUGGGGACUCAAGUACUGUAACUGAUUAAAGAUGUGCCAUGCAUUAUUGGAUUAUCACACUUACAAAUCUGUUUGCCUUGUGAGUAAGUUUUGGGGAGCAUUCCAAAGCAGUAUUUUUGUUCAGUUUUUGACUUUAAUUUUUUUUUUUCUCCAAAUAUAUUACUCUUUCUAAUUACCAUUUUCCUUAACAGUGAAAUUACUAACCUUUAACUGUAUUCUGUGUUUUUUGCUGAUUUGGUAUAAAGUUUAAUAGACUCUUAUUUAUAUUUUUUAAAAAGCUAGAUAUCAGUCUGUUAGGCAACGUUAAUGAUAAUAUCCAGUCAUAAUUGAACAGUUAUAAUUAUACAGAAUAAACACAUGUUGCCUUAAAGGGUUAUCUAGUAUCUUCCAUUUUGUUUAGCAUUGAAGCAAAUAAGCAAGGAAAAUUGAAUCAAUAACUCUGGUCAGUCAUUUGGGAGUGCAUGAAAGAUCACUUAGUCCUCUUUUUUCCUUUUUACUCCAAUGGUUCCCAAAAUCAAUAUGCACAUCACUGGGAUUAUAUGAUUUUUUUCUAGGUGUGCCGCCCUUUCUAGUUUGUUCUGAGAAACACAGGCAGUUGGUGUAUGUUUAUAUUUUAAGACAGCUGUCAUGGGGAGACCGCAGCCUUAGUAUGAUAUCUUGCACAAUUUGUGAAGCAUUUAUUCUACUGAAGGCACAGUCUUGUUUAUAUUUUCUGCACAUUUUGGUGUAUUGGUUGUUUUAAAUUAUUUAAGUUUUAACUUGUGAAAGCAUAUACUAUGAUUUCUUAGUAUUUUAGAAAUACAUUAGAGUCUGUGAGUCUUUCCUUCUUUAAGAUACAGAUGUGUGGAUUUCAAUAUAAAGUUGCAUUUGCCAAAAUUUACCUGUGUAGCUUGUUAAUUUUCUUGGAAUAAAAUUUUACAUUUUUCCAGUUAUACAA